AUGACACCGUUACAGCUGAUCGCUACAAACAGGAUUCCAGCAAAGAUCCAUGAUUCGCGAGUUUUAAAGUUAUCAGACAUCAAUGAUGAUUUACAACGAAUCUGUGAAGGAAAAUUUCAUAUAUUGGGUGAUGCAGCAUACCCAAUUAGGGAAUGGCUAAUGACUCCUUAUAGGGAUUAUGGAAAUCUGUCCGAGAAACAGCGGAAAUUUAAUAAACAAUUUUGUGUAACUCGAGUAUUAAUCGAGAAUGCGUUCAGGCUCUUGAAGACUCGUUUUCAACAACUUACUGAAUUAGAUCUUCAUAGCGUUGAUAAGAUAUCUAAAUUCAUAAUUUCUUGUUGCGUCUUGCAUAAUUUAUGUAUUGACAACGACGAUGACUUUACCUUCGAUAUUGAUGUACCCUCAUCAUCAGAUAAUGAAGAAUAUAAUGAAAAUGAAGGAGAGCAGGAAGCUUUACUCCGGAGAUUAGGAGAAAUGAAAAGGAAUCUGUUGUUAAAUAUACUUUUCCCAUGA